AUGUGUUUAUUUGGCAUCCCUAAAGACGAAGACAUAGUCUUUGUCGAUCGUCGGGCUCCCCGCCAUAAAUCCACCCAAGUGAUCCGCGAAAGACGUUCCCACUCAUCUCGUCCCGUAUCCCGCGUCUCAGAAACCAUCAUCAAACAACACCACCGCCGACCUUCCACACCCAUGUCCGAAGUUCACCGGCAUUCAACCUCAAUGACCGAGAUUCACCGCGGCCCACCCAGCCAUCGGCAUUCUAGCUCUAUGACGGAAAUCCACCGCUCACACACUCCUGUUCCGCCGACUCCAAAGCCAGCUACUCCUGUUCCCCCUCCGGCGUCCGUUGCUCCUCCACCACCACCACCACCAGCUUCAGUAGGAUUUCCCCCAGGAUAUCCCCAGGCACCUUCAUACCGCGAUCUCUCACCUCCUCGCGUGCCCACUCCACCAGAAGAAAGCAGAGUCGAAUUAAUAAAAGUGGAAGAAGAACACUGGCCGCCGCACUCCCAUGGGCGAUCCAGUCCGAGCGCAAUCCAUGUCUCAAGGAGGAAGAGUAGGAAAGGGAGUGUUUCGAGCGGGAGAGAUAAAGAUAGAGAUAGGAGCGAGAGAGAGGAAAUUUACAUCCAGAGAGAUCGUAUUAUUGAGCGUGGUACCCCAUCUCGGCAUGCGUCUUCGAGUCCGAGCUCGUUUGCAAGGAGGGGGAGUAGAGGGAGUGGUACUCCUGAGCCGGUGCAAAGUGGAUACCGUACAGUAGAGGGGACGGGAUGGGAUGAUAGAAGACCUAUUACGCCGAGUGGAUAUAGAGUUGUGGAUGGAGCGGGAGCGAGAAGAGGAAGCGGAGUUGGAAUAGCAAAUAUCCAUCGAGAGAGAGAAUGGGAGAGAGAGAAAGUAUCACCUUCGGAGUUUGGUGGAAGGAGGGGUAGUAUCCCCUAUGAUAAUGGAUCUAUUGGGAGACCGCGAAGUUCGGCGGGAAGAUUUGCGGAGAGAGAGAGGGUGGUUAUGGAUGAGGGAGGGAGAAGAAGGGAGAUGUAUAGAAGGGCUUGA